UGUAAUCACUACUCUUAAAAUAUGCCCAAGUCUCUCUGCUAACUGGUACCAGAGGAGAGCCUUCAGUUUGCAGCAUGUGUGCAGGGGAGCAGGAUACCUGGAAGCAGCCUGUGUCAGGGUGAGUUAACCCUGCUCUGAUACCAUUUCGGAUGUCCCAGUGAGAACUCUCAGAAAUGCCUAUUGUCUCGGGAGGCAGCAACCAGGACUAUAGUAACAUUAGCUACGGUUCUUGUAGUUCCUUGCCCCAUCUGUUCCCUAUCUCUGUUGACACCGCUUCUGUCAAAGGGGUCCACUAUCAAAGGGCAAGGAGGAUUUACCACCCUGAUCAGCUCUGUACAGUUGAUGUGAAGAGGGAGAUCAUAAUAAAUGUUGGAGGAAUCAAAUACCUGCUGCCUUGGAGCACUUUAGAUGAAUUCCCACUGACCCGGCUAAGCAAGCUAAAGUUUUGCAGCAGCUACGAUGAAAUUAUUCAGCUGUGUGAUGAUUAUGAUGAAGACACCCAUGAGUUUUUCUUCGACCGGAAUCCCAACGCUUUUGGGAUGAUCGUCAGCUUUCUAGCAGCAGGGAAGCUGAUGCUCUUCCGAGACAUGUGUGCCUUGUCAUUCCAGGAGGAGCUGAGAUACUGGGGAAUUGAGGAAUCCAACUUGGAGAAAUGCUGCUUCCGAAAACUGUUUCAAAAACUGCAGGAGCUGGCAGAGAUGCACAAGGAGGAAGAGAUGCAAAUGAGUAAGGAGACCUCGUGUGUCUUGGUUGAGGAAACACAAUUUGGACAAUUUAUGAAUAAACUCAGGGAUAUGGUCGAAAAUCCCCAGUCAGGACUCCCAGGAAAAGUCUUUGCUUGUCUCUCCAUCCUCUUUGUGGCCACCACAGCUAUAAGCCUUUGUGUUAGCACAAUGCCAGACUUAAGAGCCGAAGAAGACAGGGGUGAAUGUUCUCAGAAGUGCUAUUACAUCUUUGUCAUCGAGACCAUCUGCGUGGCUUGGUUCUCGCUGGAGCUCUGCCUCCGAUUCAUUCAGGCGAAGAGCAAGUGUCACUUCUUCAGAGUCCCCCUAAAUAUCAUUGAUUUCUUGGCUAUUUCACCCUAUUAUGUUUCCCUCAUAAUGGUAGAUGAUGAGCCAAAUGCAGAGGCAGAGAAGCCAAGCAGCAACUCAUAUUUGGAGAAGAUUGGACUGGUGCUACGAGUCUUACGUGCCUUGAGAAUCUUGUAUGUAAUGCGCCUUGCCAGGCACUCAUUAGGCCUGCAGACUUUGGGGCUCACAGUUCAAAGGUGCACCCGAGAAUUUGGCCUGCUUUUGCUCUUCUUGUGUGUAGCUGUCACCCUGUUUUCUCCCCUGGUCUAUCUGGCUGAGAAUGAAUCUGGGAAGGUCCUUGAAUUUACAAGCAUUCCUGCCUCAUACUGGUGGGCUAUCAUCUCAAUGACCACCGUGGGAUAUGGAGAUAUGGUACCAAGAAGUGUCCCAGGCCAGAUGGUGGCGCUGAGUAGCAUCCUCAGUGGGAUUCUAAUUAUGGCUUUCCCAGCAACCUCGAUCUUCCACACUUUCUCCCAUUCCUAUUCAGAGUUGAGAAAACAACAUGAAAGAUUACAGUCCCGGCUAAAAAGGAUAAAAAACACCAAUCAUUCUGGUGAAAUUGAUACCUUCAAUGAGACAGACAGCUUGAUUUCAGAGACGCCAACGUCACCAAUUAAGUACAUUUACACAGGAAACUAAGGCUUGCUGCAAAAUAUGUCUGAGUAUAUGAAUAAAGCAAAGCAACAACAUGGGGGACUUACCAUAAGCAAUGCAAUUGCUGAAAUGGGUGUAAUAAAUUGACCAAGUCAAACAGAGUCUUACAUCACUAUGGACUUAGUCUUUCAUCACGUUGACUAAGGAAGUCAAAGGUCAGGGGUUAUUCAACAACAGAUAUUUAUUAAGCACAACCAUUCUCUUAUUGAUAAACCUAGCGAUAAAGUCCAACUUUGUCUAUUUCAUAUGGAUACCCUGCUGAAUCCCUAACACUGAAUGAGUAGCAAGCAGAAUUUUUCUGGCCUAAACAACAAUUGUUCUUUUGUUUGCCUUUGAAUUCCCAAUGUUCUUUGCAAUUAACACCUGGAGCUAAGCAUUAGAAUGGAUUCUUGUAGGGCUAUGCAUUAUUGCCCUUUUUACAAUACUCAUCAACAGACACGUAGAAGAGUCCUUGAUAUCAAUACAUAUCUAUAUCCAAGGGCACCAACAAGCUUAAAUAAAAGUUUUUAAAGCUUGUUCUGCAGUUACAUGAUUUAUCUGUAAGUAAAGAAUUGCA